AUGGGCAAGCACUAUUGCGAUUACUGCGACGUAUUUCUUACGCACGACUCCACGUCUGUCCGCAAAGCACACAACUGCGGUAGAAAUCACCUGCAAAAUGUGCGCGAGUACUAUGCUUCUUUGCCUGCCGCCGAGUUGCAGGAGAUUGCGGAUAAAAUCCUAAAGGGGUACGAAGCACGAAACCUACCACCGCCGAUGGAGCUGGUGGCACCGCACUUGGCCUACCGCCUUCCGCCGCCGUCGCUCAUGCCCAAUGGCCGUGCACCCAUUGCUGGCGGUGUACCGAUGCCCGUUCGCCCGCCGCCUGGCGUACCACCGCCUGGCGUACCACCGCCUGACUUUUCCAAGCCGCCGCCCAACUUUGCGCGACCGCCGCCGGGUAUGCCACCGCCUGAUUUUUCACGCCCGCCGCCACCAUUGACGCAACCCCCACCGCCGCGUCCGUAA